AACAUUUGACUGGCAACAGCCAACAAGAAGCAAACUGGUUUACAGUGUAGUAGUCGUACGAUGUGGCGAAAAAUCGUGUGGUAUUUCUUACUUCUGUGCCGAAUUUAUGCGGAAAGUCAACGCAACGUACUGUUGAUUGUUGCUGAUGAUGGAGGAUUUGAAAUGGGAACAUACUUAAAUAAAAUCGCUCAAACACCAAAUCUAGAUGCUUUAGCUAAAAAAAGCCUAAUUUUCAACAAUGCAUAUUCAUCUGUGAGCAGUUGUUCACCCAGCCGUUCAGCACUCCUUACAGGAAUGCCCUCACAUCAGAACGGAAUGUACGGCUUGCAUCAAGCUGAGAACCACUUCAACUCUCUGGACAAAAUCAAAAGCUUGCCUGCAAUCCUUAAACAAAAUUCGAUUCGUACCGGAAUUAUUGGUAAGAAGCAUGUAGGUCCAUCAACUGUGUACCCGUUUGAUUACGAACAAACCGAGGAAAAUAAUCAUAUUAAUCAAGUGGGUCGUAAUAUCACGCAUAUUAAACUUUUAGCAAGAGAUUUCUUGAGAAAUGCAAGCAAUGACCCGUUCUUCUUAUACAUCGCAUUCCAUGAUCCGCACCGUUGCGGGCACACGAACCCUGAAUUCGGAGAGUUUUGCCAAAAAUUCGGCAACGGAGAACAAGGAAUGGGUAGCAUUCCCGACUGGCAGCCUAUUCACUAUGUUCCCGAACAAAUAGAGUUGCCAUAUUUUAUUCCAGAUACAAUUGAAUCUCGCAGGGAUGUUGCAGCUCAAUAUAUUACCAUUAGCAGGCUCGACCAAGGCGUAGGACUACUUUUAAAAGAAUUACAGGACGCCGGGCAUAGCGACGACACUCUUGUUAUCUACACGUCUGAUAAUGGAAUACCAUUCCCGAAUGGAAGGACGAAUCUAUACGAUUCUGGUAUUGCAGAACCCAUGUUCAUGUCUUCUCCCAUGCACACGGAACGUCGUGGCCAGGUGACUUACUCACUAAGUAGUCUCCUGGACAUAACGCCUACCAUUCUCGACUGGUUCGGAAUUAAAUUUAAUCGAAAGUCAUCUAAAACUGACGAAAACGAUGUUGGUCUGUCUUCUGUGUCUGAAGAUAUGCAUUUAACGGGAAAAAGUUUGCUGCCUUUGCUUGUGAAUGAACCCACCAACAAAUCUAAUGAGGCAGUCUUUGCAAGCCACAACUUGCACGAAAUCACCAUGUACUAUCCGAUGCGGGCCAUCCGAACGCACAGGUACAAGUUAAUCCACAAUCUUAAUUAUCAGGCAGGGUUUCCAAUCGAUCAAGACUUCUACAUGUCGCCGACCUUUUUGGAUCUGCUCAAUAACACUCGGAGUAAUCAGAAUACCUAUUGGUUUAAAACGUUGAAGGACUAUUAUUAUCGCCCCGAGUGGGAACUGUUUGAUCUAAAAUUGGAUCCAGAGGAAACUAACAACGUCGCCGAUAAGCCCUCAAUGAAGAAGAUAAUGGCAGACCUGUCCGCACGUCUCCAGCGGUGGCAGAAGGACACUACUGAUCCUUGGCUGUGUUCACCUCACGCUGUCUAUGAAGAUAAAGGAGUGUACAAGGAUGAUCCGUCCUGCUUGCCAUUGUAUAACUCCCUUCCUAUGGAGGUUUACUAAGAAUCUGAAACAUAUUUCAUAUUAGUAAAUUGUCAGUGUUUCAUCCAAAAGUGGGCAGGUUUGCUGCUAAAAUUUCUUGAAAUCCUUGUAGAAAUGGCAUUUAUUUAUGAAUCGGCUAUGAAAUCUGCGCCGUAUCAAAUAUUCUUACUGAAUGUGGACAUAAAACAAUUUACAUGGUAA